GGCCGGAACAGCUGAAAGGGUGGCAACUUCUCCUCCUGCCGCCGGGAGCAGCCCGCCUGCCUCCCCGCGCGCCCGCAGCCUCCCCCGCUGCUUCCCUGAGGGCUCCCCUCUGGCCGCCAGCGCCCAUCUUUCAUUCCCGAGACUGAGAUAUUUUGCGCACACACACAUACACACACGCGCAAAAAGGGGGAAAAAAAAGGCCCACCCUCCAGCCUCGUUGCAAAGAGAAGCCGGAGCAGCCGCAGCUCACAGCCCGCAGAGGACGCCCAGAGCGGCGAGCGCGACGGACCGACGGACUCGCGCCGCGUCCACCUGUCUGCCGCGCCCGGCACUGCGCGCAGCGGGCACGCCUCGAGCGCGGAGCAGCCGUGCCCGCCGCCUGGGCCCCGCGCCAAGGCGCACACGCUCCGGCCCCCCCCACCCGGCCCGGGCGGGAGUUUGCACCUCUCCCUGCCCGGGGACUCGGGCCGCCGCUGCAAAGCCAACUUUGGAAAAAGUUUUUUGGGGGAGACUUUGGCCUUGAGGUGCCCAGCUCUGCACUUUCCGACUUCGGGGGCCUUUCCAGAAAAUGUUGCAAAAAAGCUAAGCCGGCGGGCAGAGGAAAACGCCUAUAGUCGGCGAGUGAAGACGAGCCAUCGACUGCCGUGUUCUUUUUCCUCUUGGAGGUUGGAGUCCCCUGGGCGCCCCCACACGGCUAGACGCCUCGGCUGGUUCGCGACGCAGACCCCUGGCCGUGGAUGCUCACUCGGGCUCGGGAUCCGCCCAGGUAGCGGCCUCGGACCCUGGUCCUGCGCCCAGGCCCUCCCCAGCCCCUCAACGACGGAGCCGGGGCCGGGGGCGGCGGCGCCCGGGGGCCAUGCGGGUGAGCCGCGGCGGCGGCUGCAGCGGCCUGAGCGCCUGAUCGCCGCAGACCCGAGUCGAGCCCACCUCCCUCCCCAGCCCCCGCCCCCCACCCUGGCCGCGGGGGCGGCGCGCUCGGUCCACGCGUCCGGGGCCCCGCGGGGCCGGGCCCGGAGUCGGCAUGAAUCGCUGCUGGGCGCUCUUCCUGUCUCUCUGCUGCUACCUGCGUCUGGUCAGCGCCGAGGGGGACCCCAUUCCCGAGGAGCUCUACGAGAUGCUGAGUGACCACUCGAUCCGCUCCUUUGACGACCUCCAGCGCCUGCUGCACGGAGCCUCCGUAGAUGAAGACGGGGCCGAGUUGGACCUGAAUUUGACCCGAUCCCAUUCUGGAGGCGAGCUGGAGAGCUUAUCCCGAGGGAGAAGGAGCCUAGGUUCGACGGUCGCCGAGCCGGCCAUGAUCGCCGAGUGCAAGACGCGCACUGAAGUGUUCGAGAUCUCGCGGCGCCUCAUCGACCACACUAACGCCAACUUCCUGGUGUGGCCGCCGUGCGUGGAGGUGCAGCGCUGCUCGGGCUGCUGUAACAACCGCAACGUGCAGUGCCGCCCCACCCAGGUGCAGCUGCGGCCCGUCCAGAGGCACUUGGAUGGUUCUGUCCUCCAGGUGAGAAAAAUCGAGAUUGUACGGAAGAAGCCAACCUUUAAGAAGGCCACGGUGACCCUGGAGGACCACCUGGCGUGCAAGUGCGAGACAGUGGUGGCUACUCGACCCGUGACCCGAAGCCCGGGGAGUAGCCAAGAGCAGCGAGCAGCCAGGACACCCCAAACUCGGGUGGCCAUUCGGACAGUGCGAGUCCGCCGGCCCCCCAAGGGGAAGCACCGGAAGUUCAAGCACACGCAUGACAAGAAGGCACUGAAGGAGACCCUCGGAGCCUAGGGGCAUCUGCAGGAGAGUGUGGGCAGGGUUAUUUAAUAUGGUAUUUGCUGUAUCGCCCCCAUGGGGUCCUUGGAGUGAUAAUAUUGUUCCCCUCGUCCGUCUGUCUCGAUGCCUGAUUCGGACGGCCAAUGGUGCUUACCCCUUCCGCGCGUCCGUCCACCCACCAGCGGGUCCCCUCAUUGGCCUCCAGCACCUUGCCCGGAAUCUCGAGAAGGAAACGGAGGACCUGAACUCCAUUGCUGUCGUCCUCCACCGACCCCGAGAAUCUGGGAUAGAAGCGCAAGAGAGACCAGUGGGCCCGCUGUUCCCCGGCUCCCGGCCAGGGUCACACCUCAGCGCUGUGGACCAGCCCAAAGCCCUGCACAAGGCUCUGAGGCCCUCUAGGCAUGGGUGGCCUGCCUGGUCCCAGGACCCCUGGCCAGCUCUGAAGGGAACCCCCCAGGCAGGCCAGGGUACCUCGUACUCCUGUGGCUGAGACCACGCAGGGGAGCACAGACUCGAGAAAAACCCUCCCACGGCGCCCAGGCCCAGUCACUUCUCCCUGGUCACCUCUGCUUACAGCGGCUUCCUUUUGUUUUAUACAUAUGAGAUCUCUGACGGUAUGGACUCCUCUGGGUGGGCGUGGCCCAAGCACCAGGCAGCCAAGUGCCCCCUCAGAUGGGUUAGAGAUGAAAUUUGCUCUGGAGCCGACGUGGCUGGUGACCUGGGCAUUCACUGCCUCCUUCCACUUCCCCCACCUUCAUUUCCUCUGUUUUAUCUCUCUACCUCCACCCUGUGUCUUCCUCUUGUCCUGGCCCUCAGUCUGCUCCACCAAGGGACUCUUGGACCCCAUACUUCUGCUCCAUUAGGCAGAAGACCAGGGGUCAGGGCAGCAGGGGGCCUGCCCAUCAUGUCCCAGCCCAGCCAAGACUGCCAAGUAGGUUUGUGCAGGGUGUGCACUGCACAAGGGCACUGCCUGCAGGGAUCAUUGCUCACACUGUAGAACGUGGCCAAUUUGUGUAUUUAUCAGGACAGUUAUCUGGCAGAUGGAGAUAAAAAUGUAUGGAGAAAGGGAUCCUUUUCCUAACUGACACAAAGGCUCCACGUGGACUGGCUGUGCCCCGACCUGGCCAAUGGCUUGGAGUGCUUGGACAGGAGCGAGCCCGUGUUGGGUGGGGAGGCAACACUGUUGUCCAUCUGGCCUCCGUUUUCCUGAGUCCUCAGCUCAAGCAGUUCCCCUUUCCAGGCGGGUGUGAAAAACCCAAGAGAAAGUCUCUAAGGGAGGGGGCAGUCCUUGCUCUCCCCCUGCACACCUCCCCCCGUAUUAGAUUCUUUUGAGUUCCACUUCUGGUGGCUCCUCCCAGGAAACCAUCUCAUGGGCUGGGAGUGGGGGAGAAAAGGGAAAAGAUGCCCAGGGCUCCCUGGGGUGGGGUCUGAGCUCCCACCUCCCUCCCCACCUUCGACUGCACUUUCCUCCCUACCCCCCUCCCCCUCCAAAAUCUGCUUCCUUCAGUUUGUAAAGUUGGUGAUUAUAUUUUUGGGGGCUUUCCUUUUAUUUUUUAAAUGUAAAUUUAUUUAUAUUCCGUAUUUAAAGUUGUAAAAAAAAAAAUAACCACAAAACAAAACCAAAUGAA